CCAAUAAAUGUCAUUGGAUUGGCUAUAUCUGGGAUGCUAGGGCAAAGCAACUCUCCCUCUUCGAUACGAUGGACCUUCAAAGGAAGGAACGAUUCAGGGCUGCUGGGGUUGCCUGGAGGGAGAUCAUGACUGUCAAUGGUGCCCCAUUCGACUUCUCUGUCUACGGUAUGCCAGCCUCUGCCCAGUCCUACGGUUGGGAGUGUGGCUUUCUUGCGGUCUUCCUCAUAACUUUAACCAUUCGCGGUAUGGUUGGCCUGGACAAGCAGCAGAUGCAGGGAGGGAUCCCAAUGGAGAGACUAGUCUUCGACGACCCGAACGACAAGCCGGCAAGUGUCCCUUUUGAGCUACGAUUUCGCGACUGGAAGCUCGGCGCCGUCAAGCCAAAGCCCCCGCCCCAGCCAAAGAAGAAGGGGAAAGCCGCCAAGAAGAAGGAGACUGUGGACCAGGACUUGGAUCUGGAGCGCGUCAGAAGCUUCAUUGGGUGCGCCAUCAUGGAGGAGCUUGGGAUCCGGGACCUGAUGUACAGCGAGGGUACGGACGAGGUCUGCCGAAAAAUCGACCUCUCCACGACUGUGAGCAUGGGUUCAUAACUACCGACCAGAAACUCAGGACAUCAGAUCUCUACACCAACCUUGGUGGGUUCUCCCCAGUAGCUGGAAGAGUCUUGACCUAAGAAGCUCCCCGAUGCCUAUCGAAUUGUCCCUCAUCCUGCUGUCCCUUUUGGUCAGACGUUCCGCUCUACAACGAUGUACAGAUCAGACUACCGAAAGGUCAACUUCACUAUGGCCGACAACCUCGUCAAGAUGUUCAAGGAGAGAGGAUUUGAGGUUCAGA